AAGCCAUCCCCCGAGGUCCCGGGCCGCCUCACCCGACGACCGAGCCGCCCCCCGAGGACCGGGCGCCCCCGGGAUGGACGAGGACAGCCUGCAGGCCGCCCUGCAGGCCCACGGCGCGCAGCUGCGGCAGGUGGAGCGGGCCCUGCGCGCCGGCCUGGACGCCUCCGAGCUGGCCGACCUGCGCCAGCUGCAGCAGGACCUCAAGGAGCUGAUCGCGCUCACGGAGGCCAGCCUGGUGUCCGUCAGGAAGAGCAAGCUGCUGGCCGCGCUGGACGGCGAGCACGCGGCCCGGGACGAGGCCGAGUACCUGGCCUUCCAGACGGCGGUGGCCGAGGCCGUGGAGGCGCCGGGAGCCCCGGGGGCAGAAUCGGAGCCUGUCCCCGAGAGAGAGGCCGGGCCGGAGGAGGCCGGCGGGCUGAGCGGGCGGAAGGUGAGCGCGCCCUACCGCAGCCCCUGGGGCACCCUGGAGUACCACCACGCCAUGGUGGUGGGCGCGGAGGCGGCGGCCGGCGGCGGCGCGGGCGUGCGCGUGCUCUAUCUCUACCCCACGCACCGCGCCCUGAAGCCCUGCCCGUUCUUCCUGGAGGGCAAGUGCCGCUUCCAGGAGAGCUGCAGGUUCUCCCAUGGGCAGGUGGUCUCUGUGGAUGAGCUGCGCCCCUUCCAGGACCCAGACCUGAGCUCCCUGAAGGCUGGCUCUGCGUGUCUGGCCAAGCAACAGGAUGGCCUCUGGUACCCAGCACGGAUCACUGAUGUGGACAGCGGCUACUACACAGUCAAGUUUGACUCACUGCUGCUGAAGGAGGCUGUGGUGGAGGGGGACUGCAUCCUGCCCCCACUGCGCAUGGAGCCUGCAGGGUCCUCUGACUCAGACAGCAGUGACCCCGAUGACCCCAGUUAUGCCAGAGUGGUGGAACCUGGUGCUGCCGACCACGGGACCUGCAGCUCUGCCUUCGCCGGCUGGGAGGUGCACACCCGGGGCAUUGGCUCCAGACUCCUCGCCAAGAUGGGCUACGAGUUUGGCAAGGGUCUGGGUCGACACUCCGAGGGCCGGGUGGAGCCCAUCCACGCUGUGGUGCUGCCUCGAGGCAAGUCACUGGACCAGUGCGCGGAGAUCCUGCAGAAGAAGGCCCAAGGCAGCAAGGCUGGCACCAGCAGGCCCCCAAAGUGCCGGGGGAGAGGGGGCAGGCCUGGAGGCCGCCCACCCCCACGUAGCGUGUUUGACUUUCUGAACGAGAAGCUGCAAGGCCAGGAUCCUGUGGGCCUGGAGGCCGGGGCAGCCCCCCCAGGGAGGAAGAGUGGCACAGAAACAUACCGAGGCACUGCGAGCACCAAGCGGGCCCUGAGCCUGCGGCUCUUCCAGACCGAGGAGAAGAUCGAGCAGACCCAGCGGGACAUACGGGGCAUCCAGGAGGCCCUCGCCCGAAACACAGGCCGGCACAGUGUGGUGGCAGCCCAGCUGCAGGAGAGGCUGGCGGGAGCCCAGCGGCAGCUGGGGCAGCUCCGGGCCCAGGAGGCAGGCCUGCAGCGGGAGCAAAGGAAGGCGGACACCCACAAGAAGAUGACCGAGUUCUAGAGCCCCGCACGCACCAUGGCCAGAGCCCAGAGACCCCGGCUCCCAGUUGCCUUCAGGAAGACCAGCUGUCACCCAGCAACCAGGAUGCUUCCAGAAGAGGGGCCGUCCCGCUUCAAGGCUAGCCUCCCCGGCUGGCCUUCCUGCUAGCCUGGGCGUGUGGACACUGCUGAGUGGAGAUGGGGCUGCAGGGGUCACUCUGAACACUUACUGCCCAUCGAGCCCGCCUGCCAGUGUCUUAGGGCGUCUCCUGAGCAAGGACAUUAAAGUGAUUUUGUUGCGUGUCUUUCAAUGGA